UUCAUCAACAACGCUUCUCUCUCUCUCUCUCUCUCUCUCUCUCUCUCUCUCUCUCUCUUGGCCUAUCAUCUUUAAUUUUUGUUGGUUCAGUUCGCUAUCAGACAUAUCUGAAACCCCAUAACUCAUAAAGUUUCACACUUUCUCACAUCUCUCUUACUCCAAAGUUUUCGUCUUUCCCCAAAAAAAAAUGGUCGACGUUGAUCGGAGAAUGACCGGUCUCAGACCAUCACACGCCGCGGGUCUCCGUCGUCUCUCAGCUCGAGCCGCUGCACCAACGACACCAACAGUCAGAAACAGUCUCGUCUCUUUCUCAUCUCUAGCCGAUCAAGUCAUCUCACACUUACACACCUCGAGGAUCCAAGUCCAACCGGGUCUAACCGACUCCGAAUUCGCCAUAGCCGAAGCAGAGUUCGCAUUCGCUUUCCCACCUGACCUCCGUGCAGUUCUCACCGCCGGCCUACCCGUCGGAGCUGGUUUCCCGGACUGGCGUUCUCCCGGAGCUCGUCUUCAUCUAAGGGCUAUGAUCGAUCUUCCCAUCGCCGCCGUGUCGUUUCAGAUCGCGAGGAACACUCUCUGGAGCAAGUCUUGGGGUUUAAGACCGUCCGACCCGGAGAAAGCUUUACGGGUCGCGAGGAAUGCUCUAAAGAGAGCUCCUUUGAUGAUACCAAUCUUUGAUCACUGCUAUAUUCCUUGUAACCCGUCUUUAGCGGGUAACCCGGUUUUUUACAUUGACGAGACCCGGAUUUUCUGUUGCGGGUCGGAUCUUUCUGAUUUCUUCGAGCGUGAGUCUUUGUUCAGAGGCUCCGACACGUGUCCGGUUGUUUUAACUAAGCAGCGUUCGGUUAGUGAGAAAUCAGCCGGGCCAUCUUCGUCGUCUAAUUUUUCGAGAAUGAGUUUAGAUUCGGGUCGGGUUCAUGGGUCGGGUAAACCGAGGUGGGUUGAGUUUUGGAGUGACGCGGCGGUUGAUCGACGGAGGAGAAACUCUGCUUCUUCUAUGUCGUCGUCACACUCUUCGUCGCCGGAGAGGUUUCUAGAUUUACCAAGAUCAGAGACGCCGAAAUGGGUCGACGAUUACGUGAACCGAAUCGGGUCGGUUUUAAGAGGAGGCGGGUGGAGCGAAUCCGACGUCGAUGAUAUUGUACACGUGUCAGCAUCUGGAUUCUUUGAGGGUGAAAUGGUGAUUUUAGACAAUCAAGCGGUUCUUGAUGCGUUGCUUUUGAAAGCGGGUCGGUUCUCGGAGUCGCUCCGAAAAGCUGGAUGGAGCUCCGAAGAAGUAUCGGAUGCACUUGGUUUUGAUUUUAGACCGGAGAAGGAGAAGAAACCGGUUAAGAAGCUAUCUCCUGAACUAGUCCAACGAAUCGGGAAACUUGCUGAGUCGGUUUCUCGGUCAUGAUAUAUUUUCCAAAUAUCGAGAUUCUUUUUUCACUUUUAAUUACCCCCUCAAGAAUACAAUCACUAUAUAAAAAAAAAACACAGAAUUAGUUUUUAACGUUUUCAAAAAAAAAGGUCUAAAAUAUGUGUAAUCUUGUAUUUGUUAUUUAGAAGCAAGAGAUUUUUAAAAAUGGGGUAAGCGUUGUUGCACUGUGAAGGAAAAAAAGUACACUAAAUAAGGGGGACUAAUUUGAUCGAUUUGUUUUUAUCGGGGUGUCUUUUGAAUUAAUUACUUUUGGGAAAGGUUCGUUUGUGGAAUAUCUAUAAAAAUCAUCAAAAAGAAGCACAAACGCACGUGUGACCAACUUGGGGUCCCGCGAACGAUGCCAAAGCCGACGUCGUUUUCUUAACGCAACGCUGUCUUUUAUUUAACCUUUGUGGUUUUUGUAAAUUGUACCCCGUAUCGGUCGACGUGAAAAACAAACUAUGAAAUGACUACUUUUUAACUUUUUGUUAAUAUACUAUGAAAUGAUUACUUAA